AUGCCGAGCUUUCACACCGACCCCUCGAAUUUUGCACGUCGACCGUCGGAACCAGCGCCCGUUCCGUCAUUUCCUCGAGGCCCGCCUCGUAAACCGAAACAGUCCGGGCACGCGCUCUGGGUGGGCAAUCUGCCGCCAGCGGCAACGGUGAUGGAUCUGAAGGAUCACUUCUCGCGCGACGCGACCGAAGACAUUGAAAGCCUGUUUUUGAUAUCAAAGAGCAAUUGCGCAUUUGUCAACUAUAAGACCGAGGCUGCCUGCAUUGCUGCCAUGAACCGAUUCCACGACUCGCGAUUUCAUGGAGUGCGUUUGGUGUGCAGACUGCGAAGAGGGUCGACGAUUGGUUCGAGUUCCUUGGCGCCUCCCGUGCCAGACGCGCCGGACACACCGUCGUCGGGUGAGAGUAUCAAGGAGCCACCGAGUCCCGCCGAGACAAAGGAGCCUUCAAGUCCCACGAUCGUGGCAAGUGGACCCCCGGCCACAGGUGGAACGCGCGAUGCUACAGCUGUCGCUUCCGGCGAGGCUGCGUCAAUUGCGGAGAAGUACUUCAUCGUUAAGAGCCUGACUGUGCAAGAUUUGGAAGCGAGUGUGAGGAACGGAAUCUGGGCGACGCAGUCGCACAACGAAGUCGUGCUCAAUCGCGCGUUCGAUGAAGCUGAGAAUGUGUAUCUCAUCUUCUCCGCCAACAAGAGCGGAGAGUACUUUGGAUAUGCGCGCAUGGCCUCACCGAUAUCUGGCAACCCCGUUAAUCUGAGCCAAACCACGGUUCAGGAAGACGUUCACUCGACCGGUGCACCUCAAUCAAUCCCGACUCCUGCAACGGCGACGGCGCCAAAAGGACGCAUCAUCGACGACUCUGCGCGAGGCACGAUCUUCUGGGAAGCGGAGCAUUCAGACAACGAAGAUGGAGAGUCGCCGGCAAAGCACUCGACGGACGGCGAAACGGGGCAGACGUGGGGACGGCAAUUCGAGAUCAAAUGGCUCUCUACAUCGCGUCUGCCUUUCUACCGCACGCGCGGGCUCCGCAACCCCUGGAACGCGAAUCGCGAAGUAAAAAUCGCCAGAGAUGGCACCGAACUCGAGCCCAGCGUGGGGCGACGCCUGGUGCAGAUGUUCCACCGCUCAUCUCCCAGCGCAGCCAUUCCCGCUCCGUCUGGAAUGCCCUUGCACUGA